AGCAGCCUCGUCUGGCCGCACGCAACCCUCGGCCGCAGUUGAUGCAACACCUUGAUCGAGGCAACAGCGGCUGUCGAUACCGGUAUUCUGCAACGCCUUGCAAGACCAGCUCCCCGUGACUAGUGGAGACGAUGGGGGAAGAAAGUAAAGAUGAGCAAAUUAGCAACACAUCUCCAAAGGUGUACACCUUAGCGGAGAUUGCGGAGCAUAAAACAACAGAUUCGUGUUGGAUUGUGAUUCACGACAAAGUCUAUGAUGUAACCAAAUUUUUAGAUGAGCAUCCUGGAGGAGAGGAAGUGCUACUGGAGCAAGCAGGGAUGGACACCACAGAAAGCUUUGAGGAUGUUGGUCACUCUACUGAUGCUCGGGAGAUGAUGACAGACUAUUACCUUGGUGAACUAAGUGAGGAAGACAAGAAGCACACUCAAGAUAAGGGACCCAAAACCUGGGGAUAUGAUAAUAACGCCAAUCAGAGUGCAUGGAAGUCAUGGCUGGUACCUGUAGGCCUAGCAUGUCUUGCAUCAAUUGUCUACCGAAUGUAUGCCCUGCCGCAGUCUAGCUAAUGUCAAUGUUCAUGCCCCUUGAUCCAUCUGAAGUACAUUAGUCAUUGUCUCCUUGUUAUCCACAGUGGUUUUACUUUUAAUUUUUCACAAUAUCUCUUUGUCUCAUGUUCUUUUUCCUUCCUUUUCCAUGUCUUUGUCAAUAUGGUCAGUAGAGUCAAUCAUUUGUUUAAAGAUUGAAGUAUUUUGUAUUGUAUUUGUAUUGGGAAAAACACACACACACACACACACACACACACACACACACACACACACACACACACACACACACACACACACACACACACACACACACACACACACACACACACACACAGAUAUAUGCAAGGAACAUGUAUGUGUAUAUAAAUACACAUAGAUUUCCAUAUAGAAUGUACAAGUACAUUACAAAAACUUGGAAUCAAUCUGUUUAUUUGGCAUACUAUAGAGACCUAUCUUCCAAUAAUAUAAGUGAAUUUUAUGUCUGUCUUCAUUAUAUUUUAAUAUAUUCUAUUUAACUUUUUCUUUUUUCUUUUCUUUUUUUUAUACCAUACACGAGACAUUUUGGUAGUAACUAGUAUAACAUGCAUUAUCAAUAGAACUCGUACAUACAUGUACUUUGGCAAGGGGAAUUGUGAGCCUUUAUUCUUAGGUAAUACUCAGUCUCAUUGUAAAUUCAGAUGCCAUAAUUCAUGAACCAUUCCUUCUGGCAACUAACAAUCAGGCCGUGACUAAAUCUUAUUUUUACAGUGAAUUGUGAGAAUUGUGAUAAUAAGCCUUACAUAUAUCUGUUUGUGUUAAAGUGAUUGUUCUGUCACGUGUAUCAAGAUCAAUGUAAAAGUGUUCAUACUAAUACUAUCUUCAUUCCAUCAAAACUGGGAACAAUGUGAUCAGAAUCUGAUUUUUUCUUAUUUCCUUUAAAUGUAUUCCGAUUGCAGAAGUAUGUUUCGAUAUAUAUGGUGGCAUUUUGAUGGACAUACAAUGAAGUGCAUGUAAUUUUGCACAUGAGUAUUACAGACAUGUCCUUCAGAUGUGACAGAGUUCUGAUAGUUAUAUUUAUAUGUGAUGCCUCUAUGUUAUUUUGGAAAUGUUUUGUAACAGUAUAGUCACAAAUAAUCCAGUCCAUCCUGAUAUCUAUUAUUUUCUUUUCCUUUUUAUCUGUAUUCCCUAAUUUUAAUUACUCUAUGUGAAAUAGACAAAAUGUUACAGAGGAGUCUGGUGCUGCUGAACAUAAAAGAGUACAUUCAGAGGGAGAAUUCUAGCAAACAGAACAGCAUUAGAAAGGUGCUUAGGUAGUGUGGAGGGGAUAUUGCACAACAUAAAAAUGGUCAUGCCACUUGUGAGGUGAAUUUGAAGUCUUAGUUUGUUUUAUAUAUAGUGUAUAUUUUAUAUCUUUUAAAAAAACACAUAAUAUAACAUGAUAACUAGUAUAUAUUCUUGUACAUUUCCACUGCCUUGGACAUUGCUACAGCUGUUUGUGCUUGGCAAUAUUUAUUCUAGUUAUGAUAACUAUUUAAAUCUAGUAUUUACCUGCAGUCUUUUAUUUAUAUUAUUUUAUUUUAUUUUUUAUUUUUUUGCUGAGAAAAUUAUUACAAAAUUAUUUUCCUUUGAAUAUCACUAUACAUACAUUCAAAGAGUCUGAAACUGUACUGUUAGAUCAAUGGGAUAGACAGCUUAAAACUGUGAAUACUACAGAGGUUAGGGUGAGAAUGUGCACAUUUAUGUUAAAUAAAGUUGUAUCAUUGCAAAA